AUGACGACAAUUACAGAACCUCCCUUUCCCUUCGAACUAUAUUGGUUAAUUUUUGAAGAUCUCGAUAAUGAUAGUUUACAUAAUGUUUCUAAAGUUUCUCGUUAUUGGCAUUCCUUAGCUUCAAACAAUAAAAUUUGGCGUCAAUUUGCCUUAAAAUGCUGGGAAAAUAAAGAGGGAAUGAGAGAAAUACAAAAAGAAAUACGAAAAGAACCAUAUAAACUUUGGGAAAAACCUAGUACCUGGAAACGUGUUCAUUUUUUCAUUGAAAAAGAAGCAAAGCGAACUUCAUGGGACGUUAAGGACUUGGUUGAAAACAGUUGGCACUGUAGGUGGUCCUUUGCCGACAAUGGAUCAAUGAAUUUGAACGAUAAACUUUUUAAACAGUCUAGAUCUCCUGAUUGGAAUUUCAUAAUCAAAAAUGACUCAUCGACUUUUACAUCAGCCGGGGAACAGAGCUUUAGAAGAAAAUUAAAAGAAUUUAAUGAAACAUUAACGUUUCAAUAUAGUGAAAACUAA